CAAAAAUUGCAACAGCAAGACUUUUAUAGACGCGUGUGCCGUGUGUGUGACCAAGUAAGCGAUUCGAGCAGUCCUUGCAUUAGUUUAUUAAAUAUAUAUAUAUAUAUACAUAUACAAAAAAUAAUGAAAAAAAAAAAAGUAUGACAGGGAUAAUAGCGAACUUUGAAGCCGGUAACAUGCACAUGUGCAAUACGUGUUUCAUAUAUCACUCAUAUGUCUUGUAAAUUUCUGCGUCAAGUAAAAUUAUAGCUAAGCGUGUACAUACAGUAUUGAGUAUACAAUAUAAUUUAACUGUCCAUUGGUGCAACGGGUUAUGGAGUAAUUACGUUAGUCAAGUAGCUUUCAUAAGAAUUUUUCAAUUCACCAAUAACUUGACUACUCACUACAGCCAAGUAGUUUCUAUUUAAACCCAUUUAAAUACUCAUACAAGUACACGGGGUUAUAAAAUUCAAAUAAUAUUCGGAUUCAGACCAUCAUUACAAAGUGAUUCAUAUUCAUAUUUUAAACAAUUGCAUUUAAAAUAACUAUCGAAACAAUAUAAGAUACUCCUUAAGUGUAAUCUGUUAUAUACAUACAUAUAUAUAGACGUAAUAUUAAAUAAUAAUAAUAUCAGCUCAUAUGAGGCUUUAAUACUAAGUAAGACUCUGACAAGUGUGAAAAAAACCUAGAAUACUGUAGAUAAAUGAAAUUAUUUAUUUUGUAAUUAAUAAUAAUUAUUAAAGUGUUGAUGUUUAAUUAAUAAUUAUCAAUAAUGCCGGGAACACGAGGUAAUGACACACAUCGUGUCAUACCUGGUCAUUAUUUGCACCAGUUACCUGAACAGGACGAAGUGAGACUUUCUAAGAUAUUUAAGGCGUUAGAUCAUGAUGGGAAUGGCAGGAUCGACGUGCAUGACUUGUCCAAGGCUUUACACAAAGUCGGUGUCCAUAAACGUUAUGCCGAGCAAUUUUUAGCUCAGUCAGAUCGCACUAAAAGUGGAGAUAUUAGUUUAGCUGAAUUUAUACAUUACGUUAUUGAACAUGAGAAAAAAUUACGAUUGCAAUUUACUCACCUUGAUAAAAAUAAAGAUGGUAAAAUUGAUCUGGAAGAACUCAUUAGCUCAUUUAAUAAAGAUCUUGGUAUUAAAAUGGAUCGAGCAGAGGCAACAAAAUUGCUCCAAAGAAUGGAUCAGGACGGUACUUUAAGUAUCAACUUCAACGAAUGGCGGGACUUCCUUAUGUAUGCACCCAGUGACGACAUACGUGACAUCAUCAGAUACUGGCGACAUUCCACAUACAUGGACAUCGGUGAAGAUAUCGGAGUACCUGAUGAUUUUACAAGCAAUGAAAUGAUAACAGGAAUGUGGUGGAGGCAUUUACUUGCUGGUGGAAUUGCUGGAGCUGUUUCGCGCACCUGCACUGCGCCUUUAGACCGAAUAAAAGUUUAUCUUCAGGUUCACGGGACAACACAUUGCAGUAUGACGAAUUGCUUUAGAUACAUGUUGAAAGAAGGUGGAAUACUGAGUCUAUGGCGUGGUAAUGGUAUUAAUGUACUUAAGAUUGGUCCUGAAACAGCUCUAAAGUUUAUGGCCUAUGAACAAGUCAAAAGAGCUAUCAAAGGAAAUGAUACGAGAGAGCUAGGUAUUAAUGAGAGAUUCGUUGCUGGGUCCAUGGCAGGUGGAAUUAGUCAGUCAGCAAUUUAUCCUCUUGAAGUACUAAAGACUAGAUUAGCGCUUCGUAAGACGGGUGAAUUUUCCAGUGUGAUUGACGCAGCUAAAAAAAUUCAUAGUCAAGGAGGUUUGAAAAGUUUUUACAGAGGCUACAUUCCUAAUUUAAUUGGAAUUCUUCCAUAUGCCGGAAUAGACUUGGCUGUUUAUGAAACAUUAAAAAACAGAUAUUUGAGAUCACACAAUAAUAAUGAACAGCCAGCAUUUUGGGUUUUACUUCUAUGCGGUACUAUUUCAAGCACUGCUGGACAAGUGUGUUCAUACCCGCUUGCACUAGUCAGAACUAGAUUACAAGCUGAAUUAUGUCCCGGAAAGUCACCUAAUACGAUGGUCAGUAUGUUUAAAGAUAUUAUACAACGCGAGGGUGUUCGAGGUCUCUACCGCGGGUUGACGCCUAAUUUUCUCAAGGUAGCGCCAGCGGUAUCAAUAAGCUACGUGGUUUAUGAACAUUUUCGACAAGCAUUAGGUGUCAAUAUGACGUGAUGAUUAUAUUUAACUAGGAAUUGACAAUUUUAUUAAUUUAUUAUUUAUCAUUUUAAUAUUGUAUGAAAUUUUUUGAUAUUAGUAAUAAAACAACAAAUUUAUUAAAAAAAAAUAACAGUCAAAAACAAUAAGAGAAAAGUAGGUGCUAAUUUAUAAAUGGGCGUGAUUGCUCAGCCUCAAUAUUAUUUAUUUAUUAUUAUUAUUAUUAUUAUCAUCAUUUUUUUAUCCCAAUGAUUGUACAUCAUUGUAAAUAAUUAAUCAGUUUACUUAAUUAUUUAUUGUCUCAUGACUUUGUGGAAUUUUAAAUUAUUUUAAGUUUAUAAUAACUCUAGAUAAAUUUAAAAUAAUCAAUUUUUUUUCCUAAUUGAUAUUAUCGAGUAUUUUAAAUCAAAGAAUCGCUUAGUCUACAUUAAUAAUAAUCGUGAUAAAGGUUUAUUGAUUAUAGUAAAUAAAUAAAUUAAUUAAUUAAUAAUUUUAAAACAAUUAUAAUAAUAAAUACUAAUUAUCAAGCUUCAGCAGAGCUGUUACUUCGAUAUCAGUAAUAGAAUGAAAGUAAUUCUUACAAACAUUUACUACUCAAUUUUAACAAAUAUUUAUUGUGAAUAUUCUCUUCACCAAAUAAUUAUUAACUUGAUAUAAUUAUAAUAUUUAAUAUUUAUAUAAUAAUAAUAAUAAUAGUAAUAAAAUAAAUCUCGUUGUGGGCCUCUGAAGAAAUUCGUUGAUUUUAUUUAAAAUACAACGAGAAAUAAAAACUAGGAUUACUUAUUAAUUAAUAAAUUAAUUAAUCAAAUAAAUAAUAAAAAAUUAUACACUGAUACUGUGAUAGAUAUGAUUGUGAGGAGGUAUUGUAAAUUGUUAUUUUAAAAGCAAAGAAUAACAAAAAAGGUGAAGAUCAAACAUACAUGAAUGUUUGAUUGUCAGAUUAAUUUUGGCUGUCGUUCAAAUUAAUCUAGACUGGGGACAAACUAGCAAAUGAUAAAAAUGUUAUUACAAUGUUUCUUGCAUCAUAUAAUUCAAUUAUUUAUUAUCAGGUAAAAAAAAAAAUUAAUAUUUGAAUUUAAUAUCAUUCCAAAAGUUUACACGAUUGUUGAUUGCCAGACUAAUGAGAGUAAAUUAAUAAACAAUAAUUAGCCACAGACUGCUUUUCUAUUGAACUAUAGUUAAUUAUAUUUAAAAAUUAUAAAAACUAAUUGAAUUUUUCGAAUCCUAAAUACAUUAUCAAAAAUAUAAUAUUUAUGAAAUAACAUAUUUACCGAUAAAUCAACAGGACUGAUUUAAAGUCAUGACUGUCAAGCAUUAGCUUAAAAAAUAAAUAAAUUAAAUCUCUAUUUAGUUUGUUAUUUAUGCUGGUGUACAUAAGCUUUUUUUUUCUUCAUUUAAAAAUUUAAUUUAUUUAUUGAGCUGUGUGAUGUU